AUGUCUCUCUGGCAGUGGUACAGGAGCAUCCCGCCCAGGACGCGCAUGCUUGUAGGCGUUGGCGUCAUGAGUUACGCCGCUGCGGCCAUGUUCAUUACCGACAGAGUCGAAGAAAAACUCGGUUUCGUACCUACCGAGAAGGACAAAGAAGAUCUUCAAAAAGCGAUACCCAAGAUUACGGUGGUGGAUAGACCGAACAAGGAUUUGUAG